AAAUGAAAACAAAGUCACCUGACUGUGGUGUGUUUUCUCUCAUUUUUAGUCACUUGCAAAGUAACCUUCAAUUAAUAACCGUUACAAUUAUUAUAGCUUGACUAUUUCUAGAAGGUCAAAUUGAAAAUGCUACAAAGAAAGAUAUCUCCUGUGUAUGGUCUUGCUGUAAUAUACAUGAUCAGUGUAAUGGGACCAGCUGCCGGAAGUGAAAUAUAUGGAGACUGUAUAAGGUAUACAGUUGGGGAAAUCAAACCUGAGCUUACAGAUGGUGACCGGUUUUGUUUACAAGAAACAGAUUAUGUGUAUUGUAAGGAAUUCAAGUGUCCUCCAACUACAUGUGGGUCGCCACUAGUUCCUGAGAAUUUAAAAUGUCUAUACUGUGAAGGAACUUGCAGUUAUGGAGGAACCGUUUAUGAAGUUGGUGCCGAUUUUGAAUGCCUUGAUGGAUCAAACCAAUGUCAUUGUGGUAAACAAAAUAGCAUAGCUUCUACAAAAGCAGGCCAAAAUUAUAGAUGGAUGUGCAAAAAGUAAAGACCUUAAAGAUGAUGGAUCAGGAUA